GAGCGAGCGAAAGCUUUCUUCCAUUCCGCUCUGAAGAGGAGCAAUUUCGGUUGACGAAGAGCUUGAGAGCCGAACAAGAGUGAGAGACUGGGAGAGCAUCCACAGGAUAGUGGGUGGUGGAUACCACCCGCCUGACAACAAUCCAUCGUAGCCGCGGUCGGAUCCUUCCAUUGUGCCCCGUAGUAGAUUUGUUGUGUUUGUGUGGCCAUAGAGAAGUUGGAACAGAGUUUUGGCGACGGGUGGUGACGAAGAAGCUGAAGAAAUAAGAAGAUAAGGAGUGCACAAAGGGAGCGCAAAAAGUGUGGGAGAUAAAGAGAACAUAACAUACAGCUUUCGGCUUUGACAUAAAUACUUACCGAGAAGGGGCACAACAGGCGAUUCCCAGCGAAAAGGGUCUCCCCCAGUCGAGCUAAGUGCCACGUAAAUAUUUUAGAGCAACCGAUUGUUCUUUUAGUUUCUGGGGUUCGUGAAAGGUUGAGAAAAGCAGAAGAAGCAGUUUGUGCAUAAAAGAAAAGGGUUAAAAGUAUUACAUUUUUCAAACAGUGAUUCAAUAGUAAAACGGAAUCGAAAUCAAGGUGUGUUAGUGAGACGAAGGUGAAGAAGUCGGUAAAGUGGUAGAGAAGGGUAAGGAUAAGAAGAAGAGGGAGAAGAAGCAGCAGCAGACGAAGAAUACGUAAAGUGUGGAUGGGGAUGAGGUGGUCCAUCGUCCUAGCCGUUGUCGUCGUUGUCGUUGUCUCCAAACCGUUUACAGACAGCGCCAGCAAAGUGGAAGUGCUGUAAUCUGCUGAGUGGCCGCUGUACCAACAAUGAGGAGUGGUAGCUCAGAACUUCUGCUCGAGCAACAAGCAGAAGAGCUACGGAAGAAAAAGCUGCUAGAGCUAGCGGCUGCCAAGAAGGCGAAGAAUGGUCCAGCACCCAAGCGAACGCUGCGCGAAAAUGCCAGCUUCUACACGACUUCCAGUUUGGCGUUCCUUUCGGUGACAGCCGGGGCAUCGCUACUGUUUCUGGUUCCUCUCUAUGUCGAUCCGGCAAUCUCGACGCUAGUCGGCGACUUUGUCGAACGGCCCACAAUGUGUGUUACGACGCGGCGCGAAGAUAUGACUGGGUUGUUCAACUGCUCGUGGAGUUCGUGUCGCGAAGGUUGCACCUCGGAUGUGUUCAAGUGCACUCAUAUCUAUGUGACGUUCAUCGACGAUCUGAACUUUACGUUCCCUUUCAAUGCGACGCCCUCGGAGCUGUUCAAUCUGACCGAUAUCGAGCGGUCGGAGGAAGCGAUCCUGCUGGUGAACAUCAAAGGCUGCGGCUACCCGCCGACGGUCAAGUGCAAAAAUUUCACCGAUCUGUACGGCUUCGAGGGCGCAGUCUUUCCGUGUUACUACUCGAAGCAGAAUAAAACGGUCGUGAUGACCUCCUACAACCGGGAGGAACAGGUGCAGACGAUCAUACACUUUUUCGUGGUUCCAUUCAUCAUCACGGUCGUCUCGUCGGUGUUUCUCUGCGUAAUGCACUGUGAUUGUAGAUGUAAGAAGGAACGACGACGACGGCAUCGACACCGGCGGCCUAGGAUAGAGAAUUUAAGUGAUUCAUCGAUAUCGACCCGGGUGGAUAUGCUAACGCCCGCGAUCGAAGUCUACAAGCCACCCCUCUGACACAAGGACGACACCCUGGAGAGCAACCUCGGCAAUCCAUCGACCAGUAGCGAUCUAUGACGAGGUGCACUGUUGCUGGCGGUACGCCACUGUUGCCUGAACUAGUCUAGCGAGGUUCUUCCCCACCCCUUACAUACAGCACCGCCCCAAAAAAAAAGAAGCAUCGUCAACAUGUGCGCGUACCGUAACAUCGAACGUAACGUUUCCGAUGGAUGGACCAGUCUGUGCUUCAUCAGGUGAAUCAAUCGGCAGCAUCGGUGGUAAGUUUUCCCGACACAAAAAGGGUGGUAAAAUCAUUUAUGUGCCACUAGCCUAAAGGGGUAUACCUACAACUAGACAUACGUUAGGGUCAUAAAUUAGAAGCAGAGUACUCAUUAGGGUGAUUCGUACAACAAAAGUUUGAAAAUCUCAACUUUAAAUAACCACCGGAAUGGCUGGAAAUUGAACCAAACUCUAUAUUUAUUUACCA